AUGACUGUGUUCCAUCCGUCCACAGGCUUUAACCCCAAGAGUUUCAGCUCUGCCACUCUCAUCAUCCCCGCUGUAUCACUGGGAAAUGUGCCUCAACUCACUGCCGACUUACUGAUUUCUACUCUGGGUCUUAAGCGAGUGGGCUUCCUUGGUAACGGUGACACUGUCGCCCCAUUUGCUGGCGUAGGAGAGAACGGGGAGGUUGCCACAGGAGGACUGGAAGUUUAUGGCCAAGAAGGAAGCGAGCUCUAUGUCGUGCAGCAAAGGUCACCUACUCUCAAGACCAAGAAAGAUGAGCAUGUCUCCGUCAUCAGCGAAUUUGCGCAGGGGAACGAGUUUGGUUUCGUCCUCGUCCUCACCAGCUUGGACUCGGCCCACCAAGACGAUGUUCAGCUCUUGACCCCCUACCAGCACAUAUUACCACCCGCUAUUGUCUCCCCAGUUCCACCUAUAAUCCAGCGUAUCAAGAACCUCCCGCCUCUCUCCCUUGCCAUUUCCCAACCUUCUUACGGUCCUCAACCAACUUCUCGCUACCCUCCAUUCCUUCCAGCUGCCGGUCUCACACGCCGUCUGCUCUCUGCAUUCUCCGAGGAUCAAAAGAAGAUUUCACAUGGCGCCGUGACCGCCUGGUGCGUGGAAGGCGACAACAGAGGAGAUGCCCGGGGACUUGCGGGGAUCGUGCUCGGCGUGCUCGGCAUAUCGGACGAUGUGGACAUUCGGGGACCCGCUUCGUGGGAAGGACUGUUCGGGACUACCGAUGGGUGGAGUGGUGGGUUCGGGGCGGACGCAGAACUCUACGGAUAG